UCAAUCACGUAGAAGAAGCAGAAGCGACUGAAGAAGCAACAGAAGGGCGCGAGGGAAAGCGGGAAGUGGAGAACGACGAGGAAUAUAGGAAAAGGGAGAAGCGAGAGCUGACGAAGUAGACCAUGCAAACGAUGGAGCGUCAACACUUUGGCUCGCCGUCUGCUGCGGCAGGAGUUCUGAUGAUGGGUUUUAUGGUGGCCUGCAUCAUCUCGAGCGUGGCAUGCAUGCCCCCGGGGCAGGGUAGAUCUCUGCGGGGGGCGCCGUCGGCUGAGUCGCUGUUACGAGCAGCAAUGACCGACGCAACGACAAGCCGAUACGAGUUGACGGCGAGCGUGAAGCUGACAAGCUCUCUUCCAGCGCUGAACAAAGACUUCACUUUGGUGGGUAACUGCGGAGGCAGGGGCUGUGCGAUCGACGGGCAAGGGAAGUUCCGCGGAUUCGUUACGAGUUCCUCUCUCUCGCUGUCGAACUUGGAGUUGGUGGGGAUGAGGACGGUGGGAACGAACUUGAACUCUGACGGCUAUGCAACGAGCGGCGGAGCCGUCUACGUGAGCGGCGGGCCGCUGACGGUGUCCAAAUGCGUGUUUCGCGGAAACAGGGCGCAGAAGGCAGGCGGCGGCGCCAUCGCCAUGCUAGACUCGCAGUUCACCAUCUCCGACAGCAUGUUCACUGAAAACAGCGCCGAUGGUUCGGGAGGCGCGCUCAUUGUGUGGAGCAACAGCUUCGGAGAGCUGAAGAACACCGGGCUGUCUGGCAACAAGGCGGGGCUUUUCGGCGGKGCGGCGUACUUCAGAGAAUCCAGUGUGAAGGCGCUGUCCUGUGCCUUCGCSGCCAAUAAGGCGGGARASAACGGAGGAGCGCUGYUGCUGAGCGAGUCCGAUGCCACCAUAGCCAAGACCUCCUUCACCGCCAAUUCCGCUCCCAACGGACUGGGAGGGGCCCUUCGCGUUCUCCUUGAGGAUACUGAGGUUCUGAUCUGCAGCUCCACGACCUUCGCAGGCAAUUCAGCCCAGGACAACACCACCAAUGACGCCUCCGUCGAAGGGGGCUAUCUCACCUACUGCGGGGAGCCUCCCGCCGAAGGCCCCAUCCGCCCCUCCUCCUGCUCCGUUUGCACAUAAAAGCAUGCUCUCUCUCUCUGACUCUCUCUCUCUCUCUCUCUCUGUUAGCACAUAAUCACGGACUUAGGUGUUCCGGGGGUUUAUUCUUGAUGUGGUUUCAAUAUGUCGAAAGUGUGCUACGGUAUAUGGGCGGCGGUAGCGACCAGGUGCCGAAGCAGCAUUUUUGCGGAAGAUUUCAUUGACUAGUGCGCAGGAGUGUGGAUGCCGUUCGUUCGUACUUUCAUCAGAGUACCCUUAUUCAUGACUGCAAAAGCAGCGCACACUCAUCGUGACUGCAUCAGCGUGGAAAGAUCAGUUGCGCACAUUCGUGAGCAGGGUGCGUACUCUUCGAGGGAAACACUGGGCACCGGGUAAAAGUGCGCAGUCUGAUCAUGAUUGCAUCCGACAGGAGAUAUGUUUUUUAUACAUUCAACGGCGGGGCGCCAUGUGUUUGAGGGAGGGAAGGCGUCUCUUCCUUUUCUCUCAGCACAGCCCCUCGGUGCGCUGGAAGAGAGACUUUUGUGCCACUAUCUGGCCACAAACACGGUCAGAUACCUGAACGCCAAUCCAUUUUAGUUCCAGCACACAAUUAGUUUAAGCCUUCUCCAUCACUACGCAUCUAUUGUGGUGUCCCAUGGCGCUGAAGCGCGUGACCUAUGCCGCGAUGAGUAGGAGGGCGCGCGGCUUGUUGCGAGCGUGAGCCUAAGUGUAUCCGGGUUUCGGUGCACAUCUUGUUGGUAGUAGCAAAUAUUAAAAUGGGAACUUUGAAGAGCCAAGAGAUCACCGCUUGGACAUGGAUCAGUCUUCCGCAGUCGGCGGGGUAAGAGACGUCACGGUGGAACAUUUAUUUUAUCUUGUCUUUGUCCAUUAGCUGAUGAUACGCAUCUCCUAACAAAAAACAUUAACGUUC